GCGUCAGUUAGUUGACAAUUCGGUAAAAUCAAAAGUCUAAAAACCAGAACCUUCAACAUUUUUGUUCAAAUCAAGUUAUUUUCGUAACCAAAGCAAAAAACUAUUUUUUUAUAAAAUGUUUUGUAGAGUGGGCCGCGUUUUAUCUUAAUUUGUCAUUGUCAAGUUUGAGUAUUAUUUCCACUUUUAAUUAACUCUUCAUUUCGAUUCUCAUCCAAUAUGAGUACCUCAAAUCCGUCUUACAAGCCGUCCGAAGGUAAACGAGAAGAGUUCCGUAAGUAUCUCGAGAAAAAUGGUGUUAUGGAUGCUCUGACAAGGGUCCUGGUGAAUCUCUAUGAGGAAGUAGACAAACCUGAAGAUGCAUUAGAAUAUAUUCGUGAUAAACUAGCUGUAAUUGCUGGUUUAGAAACAAACAAGCAGUUGCAAACAAAACUGAACGACGCUGAAGAUAGAAUUAAAGAACUGGAAGCUGCAUUGCAAACUGAAGAAAAAACGGGCAAAGUUGAUCGCAGUUCUCUUACAGACGGAAGUGCAACCCAGCAAGCAGACAUUGCUCCUGCAGAAGAUGUGACAGCUAAAGCGGAUGACCCUGUUUCGCCAACUGAAGAACCUCCUAGCUCAGAAACUCAAGACAAUGCUGACGUUGAGCAAUAACGAUAAACGCUAACUUAAACUUCCCAGAUAAUUAAAUUAGAAUUUUUUCUUUGUGCAUAUGGAGUUUGCAAACCUUGAUAAGAUUAGUGAGCACAGCACAUUCAUUAUCAUUUAUUAUUUCAACUUGAAUUGAAUUUAAAAUGUGGAAAACAUGAAAAGCAUUUAAUAAAAGUUAUCGCAGGGGCAAAAUUCUUCAAUUUCAAAAAAUAUUUAAUCUAGAAAGACGUUUUAGUUUUGCUUGCUUGCAAAUUCUUGUCGAGUCGGUAAGAAUUUAUAUUAUCAGUUAUUCUAUUGACGUGAAUUUAUGUCGUCAUGUAACAUGUUUUGAAACACUAUUACACACUGGUAAGUUGAACACUAGGUUUCUGAGCUCCUUUCAUGAUAUAAGUCGACAUCUUAGCAUAACUUAAAAAAAAACUUCAGUAGAACUCUACGAAAUAUGAGGUCUGUUUUGUGAAAUUAAAUGGUCGCAAUUAAAGGACCUCAGAGCCUACUUACAAUCGCCCAUUACAAAAGCCUUUAAUAAUUAAAGAAAACAUUCACAUUCCAAGUAUUAUGCCAACACAUUCUUAAAUGCUGUCUAAAGUUGUGUAAUUUAUUAUAGGUGCUUUCGUACUUAAAUCGAAUUUAAUAUUUAAAUGUUCUCAUUUUAAAGCCUUUGACACUAAAUCGAGAAAUGUACAUUGACCAACCUGAAACUUUACUUUUAGCGAAACACCACAUGAUUGUAUUAGCUAUUUUCUUGUAGUACCAAACUGAUGUAAUGUUAAACACGAUUAAAUUAAAGGUUUCAAGAAUGUUUAUGUGAAAUAUUAAUUCAAGAUCAGUUUUGCGGGAACAGUUCCAGUUCAUAAAUAUUUUUAUAUUUUUAUUUGUAUCCGCUCAAAGUGUGAUACUUUUUAGUACCUGUUAGAUUUAUUGUUGUUUGUUUUUAAUCAAACAAGUCCGUUUGAUUAAUUUUCAUUAUUUUUAUAUUAUAUAUUUAUUUACCGCUUUAAUUAUUCAUUUACUGUUGUAUCAAUUGUAUAGAAAAAUAUUAAGUUUAUUUUUUCAAUUUGAACGAAUUUGUUAUUUUUGUUGACUAGGUAUUCGGAAGGGCACACUAUUUUUAAUCUAUAUAAAGUUUAUUUGAAAAGA